AUGCCUAGCCGGGCUCGGGGGCCUGCAGGGCUGCAGAGAGGGUGCGGGGGCCCCCAGGACAGUUCUGCUGGCGUGGUCCGCACUCCCUGCGCCCCCGGUCAGUUGCCCGCCUCGGGCUUGCCCGGCCCGCUGCCGCCUGGGAAGUACAUGGCUGGCCUGAAUCUCCAUCCGCACCCGGGCGAGGCCUUCUUGGGCAGUUUUGUGGCCAGCGGGAUGGGGCCCUCGGCCUCAUCCCAUGGGAGCCCGGUGCCACUGCCCUCUGACCUCUCCUUCCGCUCCCCAACCCCUAGCAACCUGCCCAUGGUGCAGCUGUGGGCCGCCCACGCCCAUGAAGGCUUCUCCCACCUGCCCAGCGGGCUGUACCCAUCCUACCUCCACCUGAGCCACCUGGAGCCCCCCAGCAGUGGGAGCCCCCUCCUCAGCCAGCUGGGUCAGCCCAGCAUUUUCGAUACCCAGAAAGGUCAGGGGCCAGGAGGAGACGGCUUCUACCUGCCCACCGCGGGGGCUCCGGGCGCCCUGCACUCUCACGGGCCCUCGGCCCGGACCCCUGGAGCGACACUGAUGUUGGAGGUCCAGGUGGGCCUGGAGGCCCAUGUCCAGCCGCCCUCGUCGACAUGCCCCUCCCGGUGCCGGGCUGCUCAGCUGUCCCUGCAUACACUCGCCCUGGGAAGGCCGGCCCCAAGGGGAGUAUCAACCAUGCCUCAGCCUGUGCGAGUGGCACCCGGGAGCCGACGGGCAGGUUUCCGAGCUGCACACCUGGUGGCCUCUGCCGUGGUGCUCAGCUUCCUCCUGUGCCCUCGCCUGUCCGGCUUGGGCCCCCCAUCUCUGCACCAGGGCAUGGCCCCUGCGUUCCCACCCGGCCUUGGAGGCUCCCUGCCAUCGGCCUACCAGUUUGUCAGGGACCCCCAGUCGGGCCAGCUGGUGGUCAUUCCCAGCGAUCACCUGCCUCACUUUGCGGAGCUGAUGGAGCGGGCCACCGUGCCACCCCUCUGGCCCGCCCUGUACCCGCCAGGCCGCAGCCCUCUGCACCAUGCACAGCAGCUGCAGCUCUUCUCGCAGCAGCACUUCCUGCGGCAGCAGGAGUUCCUGUACCUGCAGCAGCAGGCGGCCCAGGCCUUGGAACUGCAGAGGAGCGCCCAGCUGGUGCCUUGUGCUGGGGCACCCAUGCUGACCCCUGUGUUCUUGGCAGAUAUCCCGCCCAGGUACCCGUUCCAAGCCCUGCCACCACACUACGGGAGGCCCUACCCUUUCCUGCUGCAGCCCACGGCAGCCGCCGACGCGGAUGGCCUGGCCCCCGACGUGCCGCUCCCGGCUGAUGGGCCCGAGCGCCUGGCACUCUCACCUGAAGACAAGCCCAUCCGCUUGUCGCCCUCCAAGAUCACAGAGCCGCUGCGGGAGGGCCCGGAGGAAGAACCGCUGGCUGAGCGGGAGGUGAAGGCAGAGGUGGAGGACAUGGACGAGGGCCCCACAGAACUGCCGCCUCUGGAGUCGCCACUGCCACUGCCCGCCGCGGAAGCCAUGGCUACCCCCAGCCCUACAGGGGGUUGUGGAGGUGGCCUGUUGGAGGCCCAGGCGCUGAGUGCCACUGGGCAGAGCUGCGCAGAGCCCUCCGAGUGCCCAGACUUUGUGGAGGGGCCUGAACCACGGGUGGAUUCCCCAGGCCGGACAGAACCCUGCACUGCCGCCCUGGACCUGGGGGUGCAGCUGACACCCGAGACACUGGUGGAGGCCAAGGAGGAGCCGGUGGAGGUGCCUGUGGCGGUGCCCGUGGUGGAGGCAGUGCCCGAGGAAGGCCUGGCGCAAGUGGCACCAAGCGAGUCCCAGCCCACCCUAGAAAUGUCAGACUGUGACGUGCCCACCGGGGAGGGACAGUGCCCGAGCCUGGAGCCCCAAGAGGCCGUGCCUGUGCCUGGUAGCACCUGCUACCUGGAAGAGGCAAGCUCUGACCAGUUCCUGCCCAGUCUAGAGGACCCACUGGCUGGCAUGAACGCCCUGGCGGCGGCUGCGGAGCUGCCCCAGGCCAGGCCUCUGCCCUCCCCGGGUGCUGCUGGAGCCCAGGCCUUGGAGAAGCUGGAAGCAGCCGAGAGCCUUGUCUUGGAGCAGAGCUUCCUGCACGGCAUCACCCUGCUGAGUGAGAUUGCAGAGCUGGAGCUGGAGAGGAGGAGCCAGGAGAUAGGGGGUGCGGAGCGGGCCCUGGUGGCCCGGCCCUCACUGGAGAGUCUGCUGGCAGCAGGCAGCCACAUGCUGAGGGAGGUGCUGGAUGGGCCUGUAGUGGACCCGCUCAAGAACCUGCGGCUCCCGCGGGAGCUAAAGCCCAACAAGAAGUACAGCUGGAUGCGCAAGAAGGAGGAGCGGAUGUACGCCAUGAAGUCUUCCCUGGAGGACAUGGACGCCCUGGAGCUGGACUUCCGGAUGCGGCUGGCCGAGGUCCAGCGCCAGUACAAGGAGAAGCAGCGUGAGCUGGUGAAGCUGCAGCGCCGCCGGGACUCCGAGGACAGGCGCGAGGAACCCCAUAGAAGCUUGGCACGCAGAGGCCCUGGCAGGCCGCGGAAACGGACCCACGCCCCGAGCGCCCUGUCGCCCCCCCGCAAGAGAGGGAAGAGCGGCCACAGUAGCGGAAAGCUGAGCAGCAAGUCUCUGCUGACAUCAGAUGACUAUGAGCUGGGAGCAGGGAUAAGAAAGAGACACAAGGGGUCUGAGGAGGAACAUGAUACCCUCGUCGGAAUGGGGAAAGCCAGGGGGAGGAACCAGACUUGGGAUGAACAUGAGGCCUCGUCCGACUUCAUCAGUCAGCUAAAGAUUAAGAAGAAGAAGAUGGCCAGCGACCAGGAGCAGCUGGCAAGCAAGCUCGACAAGGCCCUCUCCCUCACCAAGCAGGACAAGUUGAAGUCGCCCUUCAAGUUUUCGGACAGUGCUGGGGGGAAAUCGAAAACUGGCGGGGGCUGCGGCAGGUACUUGACUCCUUACGACAGCCUGCUGGGGAAGGACAGGAAGGCGAUGGCCAAGGGCCUCGGCCUGUCUCUGAAAUCCUCCAGAGAAGGUAAACACAAAAGGGCCGCCAAAGCCAGGAAGAUGGAGGUGGGGUUCAAGGCCAGAGGCCAGCCCAAGUCGGCCCAUUCCCCGUUCGCCUCGGAAGUGAGCAGCUACUCUUACAAUACGGACUCAGAGGAAGACGAAGAAUUCCUGAAGGACGAGUGGCCCGCCCAAGGCCCCUCCAGCUCCAAACUGACGCCUUCUCUCCUGUGUGGCAUGGUGGCAAAGAACAGCAAGGCGGCUGGCGGCCCCAAGCUGACCAAGAGGGGCCUGGUGGCCCCCCGGACUCUGAAACCCAAGCCGGCCACCAGCAGGAAGCAGCCGUUUUGUUUGCUGCUUCGAGAGGCCGAGGCGCGUUCCUCCUUCAGCGACUCCUCGGAGGAAUCGUUUGACCAAGAUGAGAGCUCGGAGGAGGAGGACGAGGAGGAGGAGCUCGAGGAGGAGGAUGAGGCCAACGGCAGCGGCUAUAGGCUGGGUGCCCGGGAGCGGGCCCUGUCGCCGGGCCUGGAGGAGAGUGGGCUGGGCCUGCUGGCACGCUUCGCCGCCAGCGCCCUCCCCAGCCCCACGGUGGGCCCGUCCCUGUCUGUGGUACAGCUGGAGGCCAAGCAGAAGGCCCGGAAGAAAGAGGAGCGGCAGAGCCUGCUCGGAACAGAGUUCGAGUACACCGACUCGGAGAGCGAGGUCAAGGUGCGCAAGCGGUCGCCUGCGGGGCUCCUGCGGCCCAAGAAGGGACUGGGGAAGAAGAAAGGGAAAGAGGCCGGGCCAGGAGCUGGGGUGCCACCGCCCCGAGCUCCCGCCUUGCCCUCUGAGGCUAGGGCUCCUCACGCCAGCUCCCUGACCGCUGCCAAGAGGAGCAAGGCCAAGGCCAAAGGGAAGGAGGUGAAGAAGGAGAACCGCGGCAAGGGGGGCGCCGUGAGCAAGCUGAUGGAGAGCAUGGCGGCCGAGGAGGACUUUGAACCCAACCAGGACUCGAGCUUCUCGGAGGAUGAGCACCUACCACGUGGCGGGGCCGUGGAGCGGCCGCUGACCCCGGCCCCUCGGUCCUGCAUCAUCGACAAGGACGAGCUGAAGGACGGCCUGCGUGUGCUCAUCCCCAUGGACGACAAGCUGCUAUAUGCCGGCCACGUGCAGACCGUGCACUCGCCAGACAUAUACCGCGUGGUGGUGGAGGGUGAGCGCGGAAACCGGCCUCACAUCUACUGUCUGGAGCAGCUGCUGCAGGAGGCGAUCAUCGAUGUGAGGCCAGCCUCCACUCGCUUCUUGCCACAAGGGACCAGGAUUGCAGCUUACUGGAGCCAGCAGUACCGCUGCCUCUAUCCAGGCACCGUGGUCCGAGGGUUACUGGACCUGGAGGACGAUGGGGACUUGAUCACUGUGGAGUUUGACGACGGAGACACUGGCAGGAUCCCCCUCUCACACAUCCGCCUCCUGCCCCCCGACUAUAAGAUCCAAUGUGCUGAGCCGUCCCCAGCCCUCCUGGUGCCGAGUGCCAAGCGCCGUAGCCGGAAGACCAGCAAAGACACUGGGGAAGGCAAAGACGGUGGUACGACUGGGUCGGAGGAGCCAGGAGCCAAGGCCCGUGGGCGUGGGCGGAAACCCAGCGCCAAGGCCAAGGGUGACAGAGCCGCUACCCUGGAGGAGGGGAGCCCAACAGAUGAGGUCCCCAGUACCCCCUUAGCCCUGGAGCCGAGCAGCACCCCAGGUUCCAAGAAGAGUCCCCCAGAGCCUGUGGACAAGCGAGCCAAGACCCCCAAGGCGCGCCCAGCACCGCCACAGCCCAGCCCCGCACCACCCGCCUUCACCAGCUGCCCAGCACCCGAGCCCUUUGGGGAGCUCCCAGCCCCUGCCUCCACCCUGGCCGCAGCACCCCUCAUCACCAUGCCCGCCACACGCCCCAAGCCCAAGAAGGCGCGGGCAGCCGAGGAAUCAGGUGCCAAGGGCCCUCGGAGGCCGGGGGAGGAGACUGAGCUGCUUGUCAAACUGGACCACGAGGGUGUCACGUCACCCAAAAGCAAGAAGGCUAAAGAGGCUCUGCUGCUCCGGGAGGACCCAGGGGCCGGGGGCUGGCAGGAGCCCAAGAGCCUCCUGAGCCUGGGCAGCUACCCCCAGGCGGCCGGCAGCAGCGAGCCCAAGGCACCCUGGCCCAAGGCCACGGAGGGGGACCUCGCCCAGGAGCCCGGGCCGGGGCUCACGUUCGAGGACUCUGGGAACCCCAAGAGCCCGGACAAGGCCCAGGCCGAGCAGGAUGGGGCGGAAGAGUCCGAAAGCAGCAGCAGCAGUAGUGGCAGCAGUAGCAGCAGCAGCAGCGGCUCGGAGACGGAAGGGGAGGAGGAAGGCGACAAGAAUGGGGACGGGGGCUGCGGCGCCGGGGGCCGUAACUGCAGCGCUGCCAGCUCCAGGGCAGCCUCACCGGCCUCCUCCUCCUCCUCCUCUUCCUCGUCCUCUUCUUCUUCCUCCUCCUCAUCCUCCUCUUCCUCCUCCUCCUCCUCUUCCUCAUCCUCCUCCUCCUCUUCCUCUUCAUCUUCCUCCUCUUCCUCCUCCUCCUCCUCUUCCUCCUCCUCAUCCUCGUCCUCCUCCUCCUCCUCUUCCUCUUCCUCCACCACAGACGAGGACUCUUCCUGCAGCUCAGACGAUGAGGCAGCCCCCGCCCCCACGGCUGGCCCUUCUGCACAGCCGGCGCUCCCCACCAAGGCCACCAAGCAGGCCGGCAAGGCGCGGCCCUCGGCCCACUCCCCAGGCAAGAAGGCGUCUGCGCCCCAGCCCCAGGCGCCUCCUCCGCAGCCCACACAGCCUCUGCAGCCCAAGGCUCAGGCCGGGGCCAAGAGCAGACCGAAGAAGAGAGAGGGCGUCCACCUCCCCACCACCAAGGAGCUGGCCAAGAGGCAGCGCCUGCCGUCCGUGGAGAACCGGCCCAAGAUCGCCGCCUUCCUGCCAGCCCGGCAGCUCUGGAAGUGGUUCGGCAAGCCCACCCAGCGGCGUGGCAUGAAGGGCAAGGCCCGCAAGCUCUUCUACAAGGCCAUCGUGCGCGGCAAGGAGAUGAUCCGCAUCGGGGACUGCGCCGUGUUCCUCUCCGCCGGCCGUCCCAACCUGCCCUACAUUGGCCGCAUCCAGAGCAUGUGGGAGUCGUGGGGCAACAACAUGGUGGUCCGAGUCAAGUGGUUCUACCACCCCGAGGAGACCAGCCCGGGCAAGCAGUUCCACCAGGGCCAGCACUGGGACCAGAAGUCCAGCCGCAGCCUCCCGGCGGCCCUGCGGGUCUCCAGCCAGAGGAAGGACUUCAUGGAGCGCGCGCUAUACCAGUCCUCACACGUGGACGAGAAUGACGUGCAGACGGUGUCACACAAGUGCCUGGUGGUGGGCCUGGAGCAGUAUGAGCAGAUGCUGAAGACCAAGAAGUACCAGGAUAGCGAGGGCCUGUACUACCUCGCGGGCACCUAUGAGCCCACCACGGGCAUGAUCUUCUCCACGGACGGCGUGCCCGUGCUCUGCUGAGCCCACCGGGCCCCACGGGCCACUGGCCACCUGUGCCCCAAGGGCGGCCAGGGACCCCUCUCCAUCACUGCCACGGCGCGGGGACCACGUGCGUUGUGUGCAUGCGAGCGCUCCUGCAGGCAUGUGCAUGGGGCCAGGUGUGCACGUUGACGCCCGGGUGAGCGUGUGUGUGCCCAUGUGCAUGCACGUGUGUGCACACAUGUGCACAAGCCUCCAGCCCCACCUUCCAAC